UCGUGCAAUAGAUUACGCCCCGUGGGAAGGGAUUCAAAACCCUAGCGCCAUGAUCUACGACGUCAACUCCCCUCUGUUCCGCUCCUUCCUAAGCCAAAAAGGAGGCAGCGCCGCCGACAAGCGGAAAUCUGAGGAGCAGAAGCCAAAGGAGCAGAAACCCAAGGCGAGCGAGAACAAGCCUGCGACGACAGAAUGAUAUGAGUUGCGUGACAAAGAUGGACUUUGAAAUGCAUAUCUGAAUAGUGAUCUCAUCUACUUCUAGACUUGCAACCGCUUUCGGAAUGCUUCGAUCUUUGGUGUGAUAAACUUUUUUUUUUUUCCGAAUUCCUUUUCAAAGAAAAAUUAUAUGCAUGUAUGGAAUAGUUUUCUAUUUCUUUUU